UUUCAUGCUGUUUCAAUUCGUUCAUUUUCAGAAGUGCAACUGACCACAAUGAUAAAGCAGUGCUCACUAGGUUCAAUAAUAUUUGGUUCGCUGUGGAUUCUGGGAGUUGAGGACGUUGCCCAGGCUUGUUACCGGGGUUGAGAGAAGACAGUAGACAUAUUGCUGUUUUUUUUCUGUAACACCAUGUCCAGCCGAGGAGGCAAGAAGAAGACGACGAAGACGUCCCGCUCCACCAAGGCGGGGGUCAUCUUCCCGGUGGGGCGCAUGCUGCGCUACAUCAAGAGGGGGCUGCCCAAGUACCGGAUCGGGGUGGGGGCACCCGUGUACAUGGCUGCCGUCCUGGAGUACCUGACAGCUGAGAUCCUGGAGCUGGCGGGAAACGCAGCGCGAGACAACAAGAAGGGCCGGGUCACCCCACGCCACAUCCUGCUCGCCAUCGCUAACGACGAGGAACUGAACCAGCUGCUGAAGGGUGUGACCAUUGCGGCGGGGGGGGUCCUGCCCAACAUCCACCCCGAGCUGCUGGCUAAGAAACGGGGGUCAAAGGGCAAACUGGAGGUGGUCGUCGUGCCUCCCCCGGCCAAGAAACCCAAGACGUCCGGGAAGAAGGCGAUGGUGAAAAAGCUGAGUGGCAAGAAGGCUGCUGCCGCAAAGGCCAAGAAACAGGCCGUGGAGGUGAGCAAAGCUGCAUCGGCAGACAGCACCACGGACGGAACCCCUGCCGACAGCUUCACCGUGCUGUCCUCCAAGAGCCUCUUCCUGGGCCAGAAGCUCAACCUCAUCCACAGUGAGGUCAGUAACUUGGCUGGCUUUGACGUGGAGGGGGUCAUCAACCCCACCAAUGCUGACAUUGACCUUAAAGACGAUUUAGGACAAGCUCUGGAGAAGAAGGGAGGGAAGGAGUUUCUGGAUGCCGUCGAGGAGCUGAAAAAGAAGAACGGCCCCCUUGAGGUCGCUGGAGGUACUGCAGGCAGGCUGACUGUUCCCAGUUUGUGAUUUCAUUUAGGGCGCACUUGAUUUAACGUAACCAACACAAUGAACCAAUGAGAACAGUCUCAAGAGGGCAGGUGGGCAAAGGAAAUCAAAUACAUGUUCAAAUACCUUUCUGAAGUAUUUUCCGUAUGUAUUUCACCGGUGUCUAUGAGGAAACCUCACACCCUUUUGACACAGAAUGAAGCAUAGUUUAGUUUUACUGUUUGGAUCUUUACGUUGGUUCUUUAAACAUAUUACAACAUACCCUUGGAUUUUAACGAUCUUUCAGUGAUCGCACUUUGAUUCAAGCCCACCA